AUGAGCUGGAACCUAGGAUUCCUUGGCUGUGGAAGGGUUUAACGAGAACCUCACAGGUGGGAGAUUUUUGACGUUUCUACAUCAUAUAUCGUACGAGAAACGACAAAUUUAUAGCAGAGAUUUUUGGUGUUGUUGAUUUUCAAAGACUAUCAAAAAUGGUGGGUGAACGUAGUUUGAUUUUCCAUUUCAAUCAGUUGAAUUAACGCAUGUACAGAAAUUUUGUAAAAAUUGGAAAAUCAGUGACAAUGUUUCAGAAAGUGAUAAUUUGAUUUCUCCAACCUAUUUGGAAUUUUUUUUUUUUUUUUUUUUCUAUCGACAAAUUAAGGUUUCGAAGAUUUAUCGCAAAGUUAAAAAAUAGGUUUUCAAAAGUCUUUAAAGAAAAGAGAGAGAGAAAAAAAGAAGAAAAAUUAGAAAUUACGAAGAAAAAGGAAGAAAAAAUGCGAGAUAUCGCUAACACUGAAAUCGAUAGUUUUUUCCUUGGCCGCGAACUUUGGUCGCGCUACUAGCGUCAUUUCUCGUGAUCAGUCGCACUUUCCGUAUCCUGAAAGUAUCGGAAAAUUGAGAGGAAAGGAACGAGAGACUGAGUUAGCGAAAGACGGUGGGAUGUCUACGUGAAAAAAGGAAGAAAAUUCGCGAUAGAUUUGCUUAGGAGAGACGACGCGUGGCUACGGUCCGUGAUGUAACUCAACGUCCUUACUACGCGCCGAGUUGCACGAGGUCGGUGAUCGCUAUAAAAAAAUGCGACGGGUACACGUGGAGGCAGCGGUAGGCGGUUUCUGCCGCGACACAGCGCGGUAUUGCACCACCGCCGACCGCGACGACUGCCUCACUGAGAGCCGCGCGUGCAGGUUUAACCCAGCCUUAACCUAUUCUGAACCGACGAUCUCUCUCAUAUACGUACGACGUAUGCGAACAACGCCCGAUUACUUUAAUAAUAAUAAGUUUUAUAUUAAAUUGGAAAUUUAGAUUUCAAGAAAGAUGUUUCAAGUAUAAACUAUUACGUUUGUAAUUAAUAUGCACUGAGACCAAUCGAGGUUUUUCUUGUUUUGCUUUGAAGUAUUUCCCACGGCAUUGAUGGAAAGAGUCUUCUUACAGGAUUUUAAUCGAGAAGACGGAUUUAUUGUUGUAAUCGAAGAAUUAACAAGUAGCAAAUAAAUUUUUCAUUCUAAAAAUAAGCAGCAAAUAUAGACGUAGAUAGUUCAAUUUUAUUAACGUAACGUGCACGAGUUUAAACGAUAAUUAUUUUCUUCUUUAACUAUUACGCCUAUUACGCUGGAUACAAUUCAAAUAAAAUUAACAAGGUGAAUUCUGUAUCGAGCCGUGACUACAUAAAAAUCGUAACUACAAAAAGAUGAAAAUAAUCUCACAAAUUAUCUUCGUAAUUCAUUAGUAAAUCACAGGUACAGAAUCCUUCGUGUUUUGUUUUUUUAAACGCGUAAGAUGCUCUUUGUAUCGAAACAACUAUAUUUUCAAAAAUUAAUUAAAUAAAUUGAUAGAGAAGGAUCUUUCUUCGUAGACGAUUAAAUUAAUAUCGUUGCUUUUUAUCGUUUUCUUUUUUUUCCAAAAAAGAAAGGGAAGAAAAGCAAAGGCACACGAGUUCGUCAUAGGCCCGGUACAAUUGGGGACGGGCCAAAGUUGUAAAAUGCGUGUAUUACCUACGUACGUACGUGAUGCGUGCGCGUGCGCGUGCGUGUACACAAGGGGCGUUGCACGAUAUGUGGGCGGUUUUUUUUUCUUUUUGGAUUUGAAAAGGGGCGAUUGGUGGGGAGGAGUAGAGCAGUGUUACCCUAAUGUUUCGGAGCAGCGCGUUUCAAAUCGAAGCAUUUACACACUCGCACGCAGUUCACGCGUAGAGGACGACGUUCCUACUGUUUUCUUCCUAUUUAUCUCAUGAAAAUAGUCGUCUACAGUACAAAUAAACGUUUUAUUGUUGUUGUUGUUGUUGUUGUCUUGCUGUUGCAGAUAGAUCGAUUUGACGAUACAUUUCAUUUUAUCCUCCUUUUAAAUAGAUUUGAUGAUUGUAAUUAAUUCAAAUAUAUAUUUUUGUACGAUAAAAGUUUAUCAUGUCGAUCGAUCGAUUGAAUUUUAUUUUAUUUAUUUUAAAUCGUUGGAAGCUUUUUAAUAUAUUUCUUACGCAGAACCGACCUUUCGAAUCGUCUUUACGAUAUAUUUUAUAAAUUUUACAAUUUAUUUAAAAUUUUACAAGAAAUACACACACACACACACACACACACACACACACACACAUCGAUCGUUUCUCAAUUUCAUUGUCCCGAUUCAACUCGUCGAAAUACGAACAUUUACAAAAAUAUGACGUCGCGACUCUGUAUCGUGAUUCAUUCGCGUCAUAAACGUACGACGGCAUUUUUAAUAAACUUUAUUCGUCGAUUAGCAAUUAACGUUGCAUCGCUAACUUUAUAAUACAGUUUCACUCGCAAAACUGUCGUGGAUUAUUAUUCAUGGCGGUUCUGAGGAAACUGUCUGUUCGAACAUGACUGGAUCGUUUCGAAAAAAAGAAAAGAAAAAAAAGAAAAGACUCUAAUGAUGGUUAUUAUUUCUUGCGUUCUCAGAUUAAUGCGUCUGCGGCGGAGAAUGGUGGGUUACUAUCAAACGACGAAGCAGGUGACAAAUUUGAGAACGAUGUGCUCAGUGAGCAACAACAACCAUCAGGAGGUAGUACCGUCAAGCGUGGAGCCGCUGAAUCCGGUGAAAAGUCUGGUGUGCAGUCCGGAUUUGAGCGUGUUCACGCCGGCAUGCAGCGGCGAGGCUCUGUCGGCAAACGCUGCCGAGGAGAAGACGUACCAGUGCUUGCUGUGUCAGAAAGUUUUCGACCAGAAGAGCUUGUAUCAGACUCAUUUGCGUUCGCACGGUAAAGAAGGCGAGGAUCCUUACCGAUGCAACAUUUGCGGGAAAACUUUCGCGGUACCUGCGCGGCUCACCAGACAUUAUCGUACGCACACGGGUGAAAAGCCGUACCAGUGCGAAUAUUGUAGCAAAUCGUUCUCCGUAAAGGAGAAUUUGAGUGUACAUCGUCGUAUACAUACGAAAGAACGGCCUUACAAGUGUGACGUGUGCGAACGUGCGUUCGAACAUAGUGGGAAGCUGCAUCGGCAUAUGCGGAUACACACGGGGGAACGGCCGCACAAGUGUACAGUCUGCUCGAAAACGUUCAUCCAGAGCGGACAGUUGGUAAUACAUAUGCGCACACACACCGGGGAGAAACCGUACGUGUGCAAGGCCUGCGGCAAGGGAUUCACUUGUUCCAAGCAACUGAAGGUGCAUACGCGUACGCACACCGGGGAAAAACCUUACACUUGCGACAUCUGCGGCAAAUCUUUCGGUUACAAUCAUGUUCUCAAAUUGCAUCAGGUUGCCCACUACGGUGAGAAAGUUUACAAGUGUACAUUGUGUCACGAGACAUUCGGCUCGAAGAAGACAAUGGAGCUGCAUAUUAAAACUCAUUCGGACUCGUCGGUGGCUGGCUCUCCUAGGGACUCGCCAAUCGAGCCAGAGAUUGAGAUCUCGCAGCAGACAAACAGUAGUGUAGGCACUGCCAGUGAUAAAGAGAACCACAAGACUGAAGAGCCAAGUAACGAUGCUGCUGUUGCUGUUGUUGCUGCUGUUGCUGCUACUACCGCUUACGAUGACACUGCGCGAGAUUUCCCCUACUACAUGUAUUCCCGAGAGCAGUAUUCACAACCACUGUUGAUGCCUAGCGAAGACAAAGUUGUUUUCCAAACAACAUCCGCAGUCUCUGUUGAACAGCCUCCUCAUUCGUUUCGUCCCGUACCUUCGCCAGAUCCUCUCGAUUUGGCAAUCCCGGUACGAGAAACGUUAAUCCUUCCUCCGAGGAAACGGUGUAAAAUGAUCUUGCAAUCGAUGGAAAGUGAGAGGAACGGCCUCAUUGCCUCUCAAAGACAGAACUCUGUUAUUCAGUUUGCAAAAGCAUCAUAG